AUGCCAAAACGUGGCGCGGAAGAAUACAUCACGAAGGAGCACGGUUCGGUAGCCAACUCAGAUUCUGGACAAGAGAAGCCCAAGAUGUCUACAGCUGCGCAGCUUGCCAGGAGAAAGAUUGCGGUGCCGAAAGGCAGGCUCAAUGCGAACCGCACUUCGCAAAACCCCCCCCUCGGAAUCGGUAGCGCGAAUCCCUUUGGAAAAGACGCCCCCCAACAAACCUUUUCCAACAUCAACGGCGGCAUUUCUUUUGGCGCAAGCCAGUCUUUCCCUCCGGACCCCUCUGGAACGAACACUGGCUUCAACUUCCAGCCUCCGCAGUCGAGCACCUUCACCUUCGGCGCGCCAUCCUCCACACCCAAUCCCUUCGUAUCGUUGAACGGCACCGGUGAUGCACCGAACACACAACAACCUGACAUUUCUAUGGAAUCGCCUCAAAAGAAGCCUGCGUUUGGAAACGCGUUUGGGUCAAAUAACACUACCAACACUAUGGGUUCAGGCUUCACUUUCGCUCAGACACCACAAAAACAGUCGAAUGGCCCGUUCACUUUCGGCUUGAAUCAGACUGCGAAUGAAUCUACCGGUUCUAGCGGUGGAGGUUUGUUCGGCCGAACUUCCAAGCCAGAAGAUUCACAACCCCUAAACAACCCUUUUGGACCACCUUCAAAAAGCCAACCUUCCUUUACUGGUUUCGGUCAGCCGGCAUCUACACCACAAAGUCCAGCAUCGUCUUUCACUUUCGGCCAGGACACGAGCACUGCCGCUGCCUCAACCUCCGCGCCAAGUUUCGGGUUUGGUCAGAGCACAUCGGUCCCCCAGAGCCCUCUUCCAUCUUUCGGAGGUGGGGAUGCAAUUGGAACCAAAUCAUCAACGGAACCACCGAAACUGGCAUUUGGACAGAGUUCGACUACUGCUCAUGGUCAAGCCUCUGCCAGCAGUUUCGGCGCUACCUCUAACACCACGGGUAGUAGCAACAUCUUUGGUUCUGGCAAUGCUGGUAGUGGCCAGACCCCUAGUGUCGCUUUUGGAUCUUCGACAGCGUCGAACCCUUUUCCUUUUGGACAAAGUCAACCUGCUUCCACCCAAAGCAACGCCUUCAGCUCCUUUGGCGCAGCGAAGAGCGAUGAGACAAAAGCUGCGAGUUCUUUGUUUGGCAGCUCCGCAACCACCCCGCAACCUGCAGCUGAGACCCAGCGGCGAAGCGCCUCACCGGCGAAGUCUUCUGCGCCCUCUUCUUCUGGUGCAACUACAGAAGCAUCAACGAAUCCUUUUGCUGACCUGUUUGCUGGCGCUGGCACCCCACCAAUCGCUCCCGUAUCCAAGCCUACAUUCAGCUUCAGCACGACGAGCAACCCAGCCGGAUCCUUUGAUGCCAAUACAUUGCCAGCAGCCUCGCCAGCACCAAAACCGACGUUCACCUUUGGCACCACGACUAAGCCAGCAAGCACCUCAGAGGCCACGGAUGCCACGCAAACUGCUCCUGCACCUACGCCAACGUUCAGCUUUGGUGGAGCGAGCCAGGUAUCAAAGCCCGGAGAGGCGGGGUCUGCUCCAGCGUCAAAGACGCCAUCGUUUUUCGGCACGACAAAUCAACCGUCGACACAGUCGGCCCGCGCUGUAGAACCGCAGCCGUCCGAACCAAAGCCUUCCAGCGGCUUUGCUUUCGGACACCAGUCUGCGAGCUCGGAUAAGCCAGGUGAUGCAUCCAAGCCUGUCUCAAGUGGUGGUCUGUUUUCUCCCGCCAAAAAUACCACGAAUGGCGCGAGCAACCAGCAGAAUAUGUCGAAUCUGUUCUCGACAACUCCCAAACCUACUGCGGACACGAGCAACAAACCUGCGGGAGCCGCGGCUACACAGCCCUCGUCUAUCCCCUCUUCAGUCGACCGCCUAGGCCAGGCACAGACCCAGCAAGCUCAGAGUGCGCAGAACCUUAUUAGGAGCAAGCCCUCGAGCGAAAAGUCCAAUCUAUUCCAAUCGAGCUCAACCAAUCAGGAUCAGAUCAUGGGUGGUGAUGUUGAUCAGUCGUUGUCGGCCUCAGAGCCUGUGAAACGCCCUGUCUACACAAAGGCACCGCCCUUCAUUCCCAGCCAUCUGGACGCCGAGCGUUUUCGGGAGUAUGAUCGCAACUAUCGUCUACAUUCUUUGAAUGCUGGCUUGCAAAAAAAGCUGGCAAGCUUGGAUCCUCGUUCACACGACUUCGACAACCUAGUCCGGCACUAUGUUGCAGCGCGAGACAGCAUAGGCGCUUCCUUGGGAAUGUACACACGAAAUGUUGCAGGUACAAAGCGUAAAGGUGACCGCAUUGAUGUUAAUAAUGAAGGGCACGUACAGAACAAGCGGACACGCUCGGACAAUAGCCAGCAGGUCUCCGCACAGUCCAAACCUACAGUUGCUUCAUUUGAUACCGGCAUUGCGUGCCAGGGACCAGGAUUUGCGCUUUCUCCUGCUCCCAACAAUCCUGUUCAGGAAGCAGGUUCAUCCAAAGCGACCAAAGCGACAGCGCAGUUGAAUGAGAUGAUCCCUGCGGCAAGCUCAAAUACCACGGCUGGUCACUCCGAGCAAGCUGGUCAGGACACCAACUCCUUCUCCUUGAAAGCAACUCACUCUAUCACGUCAGCAUCCUCAACAACUCCUACCAAGUCCCCUCCAAAAAUGCCCACUUUCGAAGUGCCAAAGCUUGUUGGGGGUAACAUAAACUUCAUGAACGCCUUCGGACAAAAGGCAAAGGAAAAUGCGGAGAAAUUUGAGCAAAGUCUUAUAGAGAAGCGAAAAGCCGAGGAUUUCGAUUCUGAUGAAGAUGAUGAGGAGGCAUUCCGUAAACAGGCGGAGGAAGAGAUGCAGGCGAAGAGAGCAAAAAUUGAUGCCAUUGCAAAGGCAGGCUUCACGCCAACUUUUGGAUCUGGCAACAAGUCACCACCGAAACCCCUCUUCAAUUUCGGGUCAAAAUCCGAAGGCGCCAAGAACCCAGAGUCGAGUAGACCUGCUUUCUCAGCAUUCACUGCCACAGCUGCUUCUCCUAAUCCUUUUGCGGCACUCAAUUCUACGGACACGAGUGGUGAUCAGUCUCAACAAGGAGACGACGAAGAAGAUGACGACAGCGAGUCCAACAGAUCCAUUAAGGAUGGGGCCGAAGGAGGUGAUGAAGAAGGUUCUGAGAGCAGCGAUGACAAUGAUGAAGAGGGCGAACAUGAUCACCAAGGCGACGAGGCUCUCGAAGACCAAGAGGAAAAUGACGGUGACGAUAAUGAUUUCCAAGCAGCCUUGGAUCGGUCAAGAAAGCAUUCAAAUACAGGCAAAAGCUUGUUCGAACGGAUUGAACCCAACCCAACGAUGAAGAACGGCGCAUUCACUAAUGGAGACACAAAAGAUUCUGGCAGCGAAUCUAGCCCUGUCUUGCAGCCGGCAAAGAACUCUUCUUUUCCGCCUUCUGUCUGGGGAUCUCAUAUUGGCAAAUCUACCCCCGAGGCUCCUACUUUUUCACCCCUCACGCCAGCCGCAGGUGCAACGAAGUCAACAUACAAGCCUUCUGCCACAUUCAGUUUCACUCCCACUGCACCAAAUACCACAUCAACACCAACACCAGGUGCCUCGAUCUUUGCUGGCGGACUUACUAAAGGAGGCCCAGUUCCUGGGGAAGGUCUCUUUGGUUCACGACCAAGCACGCCUAGCAAUGUGGAGAAGAAUAGCAACUUAGCCAAAUCGAUUCUGACUUCUCCACCGGGUACCGACAACACCUGGAAAGCUGGCGGCCCCAUCUCAUUCGCAAAUGGCGAGAAGAACCAAAAUGCCCCCACAUUUCAAUUCACAGCCCCCUCUCCUGGAGAGAAAGAUUCAUCCACGCAAAAACCGUUCGGUUCCCUUUUCGGCACUCCCUCCACAGCAUCUAAGGACACCGAGACAACUAAUCAAGUCGGGUUCCAGUUUGGCGUACCAGUCCCCAUCCCGGCACCGGGGUUUCUAGGGGCCAUCUCACACCUGGGAGGUGGAUCUGGUACAAGUUCUGCAGGCUCGUCCCGUGCCACAUCGCCUGGCACGACUGACAAUGAGUCUGUUGCCACUAACGAGACUGACGAGACGCCUGAGGACACACAGGCAGCGUCAUUGAUGGAGUCACGAGCAGGAGAAGAAAAUGAGAGUUGCCUUUGGGAGGGCAGAUCAAAAGCUUUGAUGUUUGUCAACGAAGAAAUGGCCGAAGGAACCAAACUUGCCGCUAAUGAUUGGAAUUCGAUGGGUGUUGGCCAGAUUCGAGUUCUGAAGGACAAUACCACAGGCAAGACUCGGGUCGUCUUUCGAGUGGAGCCAAACGCCAAUAUCCUCAUCAACUCUCAUCUUGUCGAGGGCGUUACCUACGAGAACAUUCCUUCCACUAAGAGCGGUGCUGUCAGGGGUGCUCUUAUCUACAAGGGCAAUCUUGUUCGCUGGGUCUUCAAGGUCAAAUCUCCAGAUAUGGCCAUAGAACUUGCCAAGUUCCUGGAGGACAACAAGAAGGCCAGUGUGUAA